GAGCCUACUGAGCAUGAAAUGGAGCUACCUUACCACAGAAUAUACCGAGCCGUGCACCGGAGCCACUGUCCUAGUGGAGGGCGGAGCAGCAGCGGGCCAGCAUGCCUUCCUGCCUGCUGCUGCGCAACAAGUCCUGGUGCAGCUCGAUGAAGACUUGCCCUCCUCAGCAAGGAGCACAGCCCAAUAAUAUAUGGGCAGGGUUGUGUGACUGGGCCACUGGGACACUGAGGCAUCACCAGGCCCUGCCGCUUGCGGUCUGCAAGGCUGUGGUUGCACAGCAUGACACGCCGGUGCAGGAAAGUUCAAAGGAUUUAUAACAGCUCCGUCGUGUGACUAUACAAGCAGAUAAAGAGGGCUGAGCUCUGGAAGUCUUUUGUAGUGGGUCUGUUGGGGCGUGUGAGUCAGUUCCUUGAAUUCAUUGGUAUGACUUCUGUCUUUGGUGAGCUGUUGAAGUGUUCUCUUCAGAUUUGAUUUCAAAAGUGAUAUUGAUGGCCCAGAUAACCGGGUGACGUUGAUGAUGCUCCUGUUCCAAUAUGAGUAUUUUUCAUUAAUUACUAGCAGCCUUUGUGUCUGGCUGAUUUCAAACAUAUGAUCCUUCACCAAGCAGAGUGCAGAGCGCAUGGCUUGAUGGGCUGCAGCCAGUAGCUAUGCCGUUGUGCAGCUGUUCAAAGUCCCCUGCUGCAGCUCUGCCAGGCCUACGUUUCAAUAUGCGCGCAAUUGACCUUUGUAACAUUUGUGCUUCGUAU